AUGGAACGUGCCGGUGCACGCCAGCAAAGCAACGAAGAACCCAAGAGCGACCCCGAAGACCCCAAGAUAACCCUCUCGGAGAAAAUCUCCCUCCUGCUCAGGCGCCCAACCAUGAAUGGCACCAGCGGAAGAGGAUGGACAUCACGAUCCCGCACGCCGCCAUCCCCAUCCCAAAACGGGGGUAGCGACGAAGAGAACCUCAUCCCGGAGCUCCCCUGGCUCCGCACGCUCCUCAGCAGCCCACAGAAAACCGUCCUAAGACUGACCGUCGACUCACAGACGGCCAUCCCGUCCGAGGCGCAGUGGAAGCGCGCCACAGACCACCUCCGCUCGAAGCUCUGGGCGAUGCGGCAGAACUACCCGCGCGCGAAGAGGUUCGGUGGCGUUAUCUGCUGGAAUAAGUGGAUGCGCUUGUUCACUGAGGAUAUGCGUCGGGUCUCUGCUCGUGCGAUCACUGGGGAUGGGGAUGCGGCUGGGGAUAAGGUGCCCAGGGAGUAUCGGGUUGUGUCGUGGGCUGCUGGGGGCAGGAUCACUCAUUUUUGGACUGAGGAUUUGGUGUUGGUGGAUUUUUUGACCGAGAUUGAGGAUAAUCUUGAGGGGGAUGGGCAUGAUGGGCAGAAGAUUUGGGGGGUGCCUAUGGCUAGUGUUCGGCUUUGA